GAAAAGGCAAAUGCCCUUGGGAAAGCUGAGCGACUCUUACAACAAUUUUAUUCUUCAUCCGCAUCUGGAGCGACUUCCUCAAAGUCAGCUACUUCUUAUCUCCUGUGCCUAUCCAUACGCAUCUAAUCCCGAGCUAUUGCUGCGUUAUUAUUGCUGCGUUAUCAUUGCAAAUUCGUGAUAUCUCAGGCCGCCGAAUGAGCUUCGCCUUAGAUGCAUUGAACUUAUCAAUUGUGCUUUGUGUUCUCGGAAACGUCUAUAGUAACAGGGUGGACAGCCAACAUGUUUUCAUCUGCGCUCAAAUCAUUGAGCUCUAAUAUAUCCUCAAACUAUCAAGUCUCCCCCCACCCAACCUUGAUUUCAGGCCCAUGGAAGAUACACGACGGAAAGAAAAAAUCUACAGGCACUUCGGCUUCCAUCUUCAUCUUUGAUAAGAAGGCUCUAGAGCCCCGCUCAACCGGGCUGGGAAGUCGUUCCAGUGUCUCCAUUAAGAAGUUGCAGGAAGAUGUGGUUGAGCGACUGAAGCGCGAAGCAGGCACUCUCGCACGACUUCGACAUCCUUCUGUUCUUCAGGUUCUAGAGCCUGUGGAGGAAACGCGUGGUGGUGGGCUCAUGUUUGCUACUGAACAGGUUACUGCCUCUCUCGCUGGACUUUUGCAGGCCAAGGAUGCUCAAGAGAGUUCUCCUGGGCCCACCUCUAUCCACCGUCUUGGAGGGUCUACUCGCUACAUGGUAGAGGAGCCCGAUGGAACAAGAAGGCGACGAGAUUUUGAUCUUGACGAGUUAGAGAUACAAAAAGGACUCUUGCAGGUGGCAAAGGGUCUCGAAUUCCUUCACGAGUCGGCCGGGCUUGUUCACGGAAAUCUUAACCCCGAAGCCAUUUUCAUCAAUUCCAAGUCAGACUGGAAGAUCUCUGGGCUCGGAUUCGCUGGCCCUCCAAGUACGUCGGCUUCACGAUCGACGCUUCCACCGCUUGCCUUGUCCGAAGUACUCCAUCAAGACCCCCGCCUCCCGGCAUCAGUCCAGUUGAACAUGGACUAUACCUCUCCGGACUUUGUGUUAGAUGCAAAUGUCACAUUCGCUGCUGACCUGUUCUCACUUGGUCUGAUGAUUGUGGCUCUCUACAACUCACCCCAUGUAUCUCCACUACAGACACAUUCAAAUGUGAGCACAUACAAGAAGCUUCUUAGCUCUUCGUUUACUACUCCAUCCCAAGGCAACAACUUUUUGUCCUCGGGGACAAUUCCUAAGGAUAUCCUUGCUCAUGUACUACCGAGGUUGAUAACCAGAAGGCCCGCUCAACGACUGAAUGCUCGAGAAUUCCAGCAGUCUCAAUACUUCGACAAUAUCUUGGUUUCUACGAUUCGUUUUCUGGAGUCUCUGCCAGCAAAGAACGCGAAGGAGAAAUCACAGUUCAUGCGCGGAUUGCAACGAGUGCUACCCGAAUUUCCAGUGUCUGUGCUGGAAAGAAAAGUAUUGGGAGCUUUGUUAGACGAGAUGAAGGAUCGUGAACUUCUACCUCUAAUCUUAGGCAACAUCUUUGCUAUUUUACAACGCAUCACAAAUGCUCGGCGCAUAUUUCCCGAUAAAGUAAUUCCCCAGCUCAAACAGACAUUUUCAGUAGGUAAAGGGGCCCAGCAUGAGCGUGACUCUAAGAAGGAUGCAGGGAUGAUGGUGGUUCUCGAUAAUAUGAGCAUCGUGGCUAAGAACUGUUCAGGCAAGGAGUUCAAGGAAGAUAUCUUGCCCCUAAUCCGUUUGGGACUUGAUUCACCGACGCACUCGUUGGUAGAUGGUGCUAUAAAAUGCCUUCCAGUCAUCCUACCUGUUUUAGAUUUCAGUACUGUUAAGCAUGAGGUCUUCCCGCCUAUCGCUGCCACAUUCAGUCGCACAAAUAGCCUUGCUAUCAAAGUGCGUUGCUUAGAGGCAUUCGCUGUUCUCUGUGGCGGCUCAGUACACUCUGAAGUGGCCUUGGGAGACGAUUUAACGGGUAUUGUUCAAAAGAGCGGUUCGCAGUCGAGCAAAUCAUCGAUCUUGGACAAAUACACAAUACAAGAGAAACUUGUUCCAUCACUGAAGGCCAUAAAAACAAAGGAACCAGCUGUCAUGAUGGCAGCACUGAAUGUGUUCCAACAGAUCGGGACAGUCGCAGACACUGAGUUCCUUGCCUUGGAAAUUCUUCCAAUUCUUUGGAGCUUUAGUCUCGGACCUCUCCUUGAUCUUCGACAGUUUAGCGGUUUCAUGACGCUGAUAAAGGAUCUUUCCUCAAGGAUUGAACGAGAACAAACAAAGAAACUUCAGGAGCUUGGUUCUACUGGCGAUAACAACAAAUUUCAGAAUGGUGAAUUGGGUUCUUCAAAAACCUCUGAUGGUUUGAAUCAGACUGGCGCGGAUGUACGAGACACAUUUGAGCGUCUGGUCCUGGGACGAAGUCUGGAGAGCCCUAAUGCUCAAGGUACUAAUCUCUGGAGCACUGACUCUGCAGAAUCUGCAGGCAAGCCAGCUCCCAUCCAGAGUGCUUCAUCGACAGGAGCUACCUGGUCGCUUAGCGUUUCUAGCCCCAAGGAAGGUAUGCCACCAACGCAGUCAAGUCUCAGCAUGCGUUCGGUCACACCUGAUUACAACCUGAGCUCUUUUCCUCCCUUGCAGCCUGUUGCUAGAACGAGCUCACCCUCAACCCCAGCAUAUUCUUCGCUGCAGCCUUCUUCUCCUGUUGCUCCUUCUUGGACGUCACCAAUCUCAUUAACUUUCCAACAACGUACUCAAAAGUCGAGGGCUUCUAGCAAUGAUUUUGGGUCCCUAUCCGGUCUCAAGGUAAAUAAAGGCACCUCUGGACAAGGAUUGCAGCCUGCUCCCAACUAUGCUGCAUACUCUAUUCCUCCUCCACCAGUCGGUCAUAGUCAGGUCGGUCGCUUUACGAACCUUAGCGGACCGAAGAAUCCCGUCCGAUCGCCUUUCAGUGAUCAUACUUCACCCACCUCUUUUACCAACAACAGUCCAAUAUCGCCGCCAGAGACGCAAAAACAGGGUCUCGACAAGUAUGAGAGUUUGCUGUGAACUUAAUGGCCUACGCUAUUGCAUAACUGUCACUCUUUCUCUCAAUAACUCAGCUACCACGGGCUUACCAUGAUUGAAAGUACUUCAUGGAGUGGCAACGAAAAGUGUGCCUUCGAAUCUUUCUGCACGUGAAGCAGUUAUUAUGGGGGUGGCUGAUCCGAAGACUGCUGUAUGUAUAUAUGAAGUUUUGUUUGCAAACCUUGC